UCAUUGCACUGCUGCAUUCAUUCGGUCAGUCUUUUAAUCUUCGUUGUCGUCUCUAGCUGUCAAAGUCAUUUUUGUUAGUUGUUUUUGUGAAAUGUUUAUGGAUUUGGAAUAUAUUUUUUAUUUUUAAAAUAUGGAUAUUGUAACUACUAGUCUGGAAGCGUUAAUUCAGCGAGCCACAUGCAGCCAGAACCAGUCGCCGGACACUGCGGCCAUUGAUGCGUUCUGCGGCCUGGUGAGCAAGGAGCCGGACUGCGCUCAAACAGCUACUCGGUUCAUCACUGCCAAGGUCCACUCUCUCCAAGAAUGGGAAGCCCUCCAGGCGUUACAUGUGUUGGACGCUUGUAUGAAGCGAUGUGGCAGUAGUUUCCACGCAGAGGUCGGCAAGUUUCGUUUUCUCAACGAAUUGAUCAAGCUUGUGUCGCCCAAGUAUAAUGGCGCCCACACGCCUGAACCUGUCAAGCGACGGGUGCUGGAGCUCAUGCAGUCCUGGACCAUCUACUACCCACGGGAGUUUAAGAUCAAGGAGGCGUACGAGAUGCUUAAGAAGCAAGGAGUCGUGAAGGAGGAGAUGAUGGUGAUGGAGGCCCACAAGAGCUUGGACCAGAACAUCGUACCUCCACCACCACGACAUCAGGACUCUAUCUUCCAGGACACAGAGAAGUCUCGGUUGCUGCAGAAACUGCUCCAGAGCAAGAACCCAGAUGACCUGCAAGCCGCCAACAGACUCAUCAAGACCAUGGUGAAGGAGGAUGAAAGGAGAGUGGAGAUGAAGAGCAGACAGCUGAGCGAGCUAGAGGCGGCUCACAACAACGCUCGGCUGCUGAGCGAGAUGCUGGAGUCGUACAGUCAGGAGACGAGCUCUGCUCAGGACCUGGAGCUCAUUAAGGAGCUGCAAGCGAGCUGCUUACGGUUCCGACCCAAUGUGCAAAAACUGCUGUCCGAGGUUCAUAGUGAUGAGAGGCUCUUCAAUGAGGUGUUGGCAGCAAACGAUGAGCUAGGGGAGGUUCUGGAGAAGUAUGGAGUAGUGAUAGUGCAAGGUCUGCCGGCCUCCGCGGUGGGGGGCAACCUGCUGGACCUGAGCUCCCCCCCUGUCUUCGUCGAUUCUGCCACCCCAACCUCCCCAACCCUCCCGUCACAACAGCCACUUGGGGACUUGGCCUCCCUCGGGGACAUCUUCAGCUCCCUCGCCCAACCGGCAGCAGUGCCUAUGUCUCCGGUCAGGACAGCAGUAAGUGAGAAGCCUGUUGCCAAGACUGGGCUGGAAGAGUUGGACGCCAUCAGUGAAAGCCUGCUGAAACAGAGUUUACCACAGACUGUGUCUCAGCCUGUAAUCAAGGCUCAGACAAAAAUUCCGAUGAACCAACUGCCAUUAUCACAUCAGGCAUCACCUGUACAUUCCUCACCUGCCUUGGUACAUUCCAUCUCACCUCCUUCGAAUCCUGUAUCCGCCCCUCCACCUGAUUCUCUGGACCUGCUGAUAGACUCGACUGAGGACCUGAAGGCCCCACCUCAACCCCAGGUCAAUGGGGACACACCUGUAGUAGAGGUCACAGCUGAACCCCAACCCCUAGUCAAGAGUGAGGUUUCUAUCAGACCCCUUGGACUCGGAGACAUCACUGUUCCCCUGGAGACCAUCAAGCCAGGAAGCCUACCCCCACUCCCAGUGCUACAGGAACGAGGUGUGGCCGUCACAAUACACUUUGCACGAGACAGUCCACGCGAUGACGUGUCAGUGUUUGUCGUCACCACCACCAGUCAGAGCCAAUAUCCAGUCUCUGACUACCUGUUUCAAGCCAUUGUUCCCAAGGGUUGCAGGUUGAGGUUGCAACCACCAUCUAGCACAGAACUACCGGCCCACAACCCUUUCCUGCCUCCAGCUGCCAUCACCCAAGUCAUGCUCAUAGCCAGUCCUGACAAGAAACCAAUUAUGCUGCGAGUCGUUAUGAGUUUCACAAUGGAUGAUGAAACCGUUACGGAAAUGAAAGAAGUUGAGAAAUUUCCUCUGCUGAACUCAUGAAGCUGCAACUUUCCCAUCCGUUGUACAUAGUCAUGUUAACUCCAUUGAAUAAAAAUAAAAUAUCAUUAUGUAAAAAAUGUACAAUCUUAACUAAUAAGUUGUAAAUUAGUCUAGUUGAUACGAACUGUUUUAAUUUUUCCAUUAAGUUAGAUUGAAAUUAUCGUGAUAACGGCUUAUAUACAUGCAAGUCCUGAUGUAUAUAAUAAGUCUUGUAGAAUCUGAAUUGCUUGUACAGUAUUAUUUUGUCUUAAUUACAGAAAUUUAAUUUAGCAACAUCUUUGAAAGAUUAGCUCUACAGUUUUAAAUAUAUGUAAUAUUUACUAUUGAAUAGGUUGCCUUCUGUUAUGUAUCUUCAGUACUGUCUGAGGAAUCAUUUAAUUUUGUUGAUAAUUUAGUAGUUUAUUUUCUUCUUUUGUUAUUCUGUUAUGUUUUUAUGAUCUGGUUUUUUUGGAGUAUAAUAAUACGUUGAACGUUUGGUGUUGUUAAGUUGGAUUGGUUUGAAGGAAUUCAACGCAACUUGCAGGAAAUGUGUCAAAAGUUGUAAUCUAUAGAUUCUGCUAAUAUUCCUUUGGAUUUUGUAUUAUCAGUCAAAGUGAAGACUCAGAAUGUAGUAUUAUAUGUAAGAUUUUUACUCUUUUUGUCUGUGCAACAUUUCUGUACCAUUCUCUACCACUAUUUGUUGGAAUAAUUUUCAAACUCAUAGUCUGUAUCAUUAUUGUUAUUUAUUAUCUCUUCAUUUUAUUGUUGAUGACUGAAAAUUGAAUUUAUAAUGAUCACUUAUGUAUUUUGAUAGACUGCUAAUCAAUAAUAAGCUUAGGUUAAUUUUAUGAAAUUGUUUUUGAUGAUAGUGUAAUAAAGGUGGAAAUGAACUCUACUUCCGUGAAAUGUAUAUAAAGAUUUUAUCUUGUAUUGUUUUUAAAGUACUGUUUGAUUAUCAUUGUAUUUAACAUAUCAGUGAAUUAAAAGCCAUAUUUUCUCAUUUUAAUUCUGUUUUGCUGCAAAUAAUGGAAGCUAUUAAUUAUUUUUAAUAUACUGUAGAAAAUAAUGUUAAUUUAAUUUAGUUUUUUAUUCAUACGAAUUUGAUCAAUUUUAAAUUUAGCCUAUAAGGUUUUUUAGGCAUUAAAACAUUAUACACAUUAUCAAAUUAAUCAGAUACAAAAGAGCAAAUGUGUCUUACUAGCACAUUGACAUAUUUUACUAAUAUAUAAAACUACAUGUGUGAAGUUAUAAAGAUACACUGACACGAAAUACAUGUAAAUGUUAGUAUUAAUAUUGAUAAGUGAUCUGUCAGUGAUGUUACCAUUUGUGUCACUGGCCUAUGCAAGAAUCUUAUCAAACCAUUAAACCGUGCAUUUGUUCACUAACUUAGUUAAAUGAAAAGAAGAAAAAAGAAAAGAUGUUUUUUGUAUUAACCUUGUAACUACUUGUCAUUUUUUCUAAAACACUAGUUUUAGUGUGAUUAUGGUUUAAAUGAUUUUAACUCUUGGAAAGUACUAUUGUAGUUAUGAUUUAAUAAUAAAUGCCCUGCAAAAUAUAAAAUAACAAAAAUUAAGUGGUUUUUUUGUUUUCAAUACUAAAGGCAAAAAAAUGCAAAACGGGUUUUUUGGGCACUGAUGCCGUCAACUUCCAUCCAAGAAACCACCAUUUAAAGUGGGCCCUUCCACCACCUUUACCAGUGACUCAUAUGAGUGUAUACUAGACAGCAAAAAUCCCUAACGUAAGAUCCCGGAAUCGAACUCAUGAUUCCAAGGCCAAUUCCCUCAUCAGAGAAUAGCGCUUUAGACCACAAAGUCGUCUUGACUUGAUGUGUUUGGAUGUGCAGAUAACUCAAUUACGAUUUUACUCCAGCAGCAUUCACUCACUUAUCACUUUGGCAGCGCUGUAAUGCGUCAUGAUCGUGACUCAUGGUUCUUAGAGAGUUAAUAUAAGGUCGAAAUCUUUUAAAGAGCUGGUCCUUAUCUCAUUUCUUAUAAUGUCAUGUACAGUUCUCAAGAGUUUUAUGUAUUGAACCCCCACAACAACAUCACUGUUUUUUUUUUCUCUCCUUUUCUUUGUUAGAAGACAACAACUGUAUCUUCUCCUUAGUUGUCACUUUUCAUAAUGUCAGUUUUCACUUUGAAAAAAUAGUGUUAUAAAUUUACUGGCUAGAUAAGUACUGUUUAUAGACAUAACAUGUAUUAAGGCAUUUACCUACUUACUUUUGACAGCUUAAAUCAAUUGUUUUUUCCAUUUACAGAUUUUCAAUUAAACUAACUAAAGAAUAUUUAUUGUAAUUUUUAUCACACAGACUUUAUUUACUGUAUACUCUUUAGAAUGCCUAAAAUGUUAAGUGUUUUUUUUUAAAGACUAAAUUGCAGGUGUGUAAAACGUUUUUCGUUGCCCGUUUUUGUCUGUUUAAAAUUAAGAAAUGCCAAGCGUUUAGUCUCGGUUGUAGAGUUCAUUGUUUUGUUAUGUACCUUAGUGUUAACACUCAUUCACCCACUGCUUGUAUACUGAGUACUUAAUUAUAUUGAUUCUAAACGUUA